AUGAGUACUAACAGUAAGCGUCAGGGCAAUGAGUUCGUGCAAGAGUUCUGGAAUGUUCUUCCUAAGGCCGUCAAAGACAUUGUUUCUCAGGGAGAUGAUCGUGGGAAAGGCGUAGUUUCGCGUUUGGUCAAGAUAUGGGAAGAAAGAAGAGUGUUUGGAUCCCGUUCGAAGAAUCUUAGAGACGUGAUGCUUGGAGAAGAUGUCCCUCUGCCACUUGAGGUCAGCAAAAAGCGGCCUCGCGGAUCCAAAUCCUCAAAACGGGAUUCAAAAUCGUCCAGAACGAAACUAUCAUCAAGUGGAUGUGUGGCUGAGAAGAUAGCAUCAGCAUAUCAUUUGGUUGUUGCAGAAAACUCAAAUGAAGAAGCUGAGAUGAAUAAAUGCAAGUCUGCAGUUAAACGAAUCAGGAGGAUGGAGAAAGACGUUGACGAAACCUGCUCUUCUGCAAAAGACAGCCCGAAGAGGAAAUCAUUGGCGAAAGAACUGGAAGAAGAAGAAUACCUUUUGAGACAAUGUAUGGAGAAACUUAAAUCUGUUCAAGGAAGUAGAUCUUCCCUUGUAAACCAGCUCAAAGACGCAUUACGCGAACAGGAAUCCGAACUGGAUAAUCUUAAAGCCCAGAUUCAGGUGGCACAAGAACAAACAGAGGAAGCUCAAAACAUGCAGAAACGGCUCAACGAUGAGGAUUAUGCAUCAAAACCAACAACCACGACCGAGACAAGCGACAACAACGCAAAUUCUGGUCAAGCAUCAAAAAUGACGCCUGCUUCUAUCGCUGCGAUGCUCACAGCAUCUACCUCGUCACAUAUGAUCAUGCAAUCUGUUCUGUCUUCAUUCGCUGCUGAAGCAACAAAGACUUCUGGCCUAUCCAAAUCAGAGAGCGCAGUUCCUGUUUCAGACACUAGUGCUUUUGUCCCUUCUUACAGCAACUCCCAGAACCAGACACUCACCACACAGGGUCAGUAUCACGUUAUCCCUAAUCCAGCAGCAGCACCGCAACCACAGUUCCUAAAACCGCCGGUAAUGAACAAUCCUUAUGGCUUUGGUAACAUACCGUUAAUGCCACCUGGACUUCCGCCGCCGCCUCCACCACCACAACACAUGAUAGGUAAUCAACAGCCUCAAAUUCCUCAGACGAACACAGCUCAACAACAGUCUCAACAAGGUCCAACUUUCCAGCCACCUGGAAUCAUGUAUUAUGGAGCUCCACACCAUUCUUAA